UUUACACAGAAGACAUUUCUACUAGACCUAGGAUUGAUUUCGAAUUUUUACCUAUCGUGAUGUUUUAUUUCAACGUUUAUUCAUAGAUAUUACUCAACAAGGAACGAUGGUGUCGGCCAUUUUAUCAAGAAUUGUCAUAUUGGUGUGUGGGACACUGUAUCCAGCAUACGCUUCCUACAAGGCAAUCCGCACAAAAAACGUAAAGGAAUAUGUAAAAUGGAUGAUGUACUGGAUUGUAUUUGCCAUUUUCUUGUCUGUGGAAACGUUUUCUGACGUUCUUUUAUCAUGGCUGCCAUUUUAUUACGAGAUAAAGAUGAUAUUUGUGAUAUGGAUGUUGUCUCCAAUUACCAAAGGAUCCAGCUAUCUUUACAAGAAGUUUGUGCAUCCACACUUAGUGAAGAGAGAAAAGGAAAUAGAUGAAUACAUAUCCCAGGCAACAAAGCAGGGUUAUUCUACCUUACUGAACCUGGGUCAACGAGGCAUUUCCUACGCUACCAAUGUGGUGGUGAAAACUGCUAUAAAGGGUCAGUCUAGCCUUGUAGAUCAUGUACGUAAGAGUUAUAGCACCAAUGACCUGAGGGUCCCAGACGACUCUCAGAACAACGCCGGGGGAGCGUUAAUGGACAGCGAAGACGAAUUUGAAAUACAGGCUGAGAACAUUAAUGAUGAGCGACUUUCUGAAGACAACAGAGAGAUAGAGAGAAGGAAAGACAAGAGAAAAUUACACAGAAGCUCUAGUGAUGUCACAGAUAGCCGGUCUGUAAGGCCACAAAAAACUCCAGGUCUUUCCAAAUUGGAGGAAGAGGACGAAGACCAAUCCUCAUAUUCAGAAGAAGUGUAUUACACACAAAGCUACUAUAGCCCAAAGGAUCACAAGAGUGAUCCGUAUGGAACGUUACCUCGCACAAGAGCUAGAACAAGAUCCAAGCUUCAUCAAUGACAGCACCUCCAUGCUUCCCGCAUUCAACCAAGACAUGGUCAUGUAGUCACAAAAACAGAGUCGGUUGUAAACUGUCCGUCUCCCCACAGAUCAGUACUGUAACUAACAGCAAGAGGAAUAAUAUAGCCUGUCAAUUAUACUCGCCAUCACAGUUCUGUUCCCUACUGACUAUCAUUGGAUUUGGACUUUAAAUGAGUGUAGAUAAAAAAAGGCUUUUCUUACAGGAGAAAAAAUGUUAAUAAUACACACUACUAAAUAAGAGAAUUUCUUUUUCAUUCUCGUUAUAUAAAAAGAUUUAAAUGAAGUAUGAUUUGCUCCCUAAUUUUGUAUGAUAUCUGAAUUUAAUAUAGCCAGAAAAAGGUUAAUUAAUCAAGUAAGAUGUCGACAAGGAGAGAAAUGUUGUCUGCCUUUGAAGAAUGGAAAUGAUAUAGAAACAAGUGUGAAAAAUUAGUAUUGAGAUCAAAUACAGCCAUAAUACAAAUAUUGGUCAAAACUGUUUGAGACAGAAAUUGACUGUCUGAUGCAGUAAAUAAAAAAUAUGAUGUGCUCCAGUUACUCACCAGUUCGUGUCAUCUAACAUUGGUCAUCCCCACCACUGAACUGCUCAAUAUACUGAAGAAUUCCAACUCCAUCAGGCCCCAGGAUUGUGAGGCAGUCCGACUGAGUCAGUCCAGAUUUCAAAUGAUGAAAAAAUCAGUAUUCUUCAUUAAAUCAGUCUAGCUUUUGUGUAGAAUAGCCUUUUCAUGGAACUCAACUUAGUAUUAAAAAAAUGGACUCAAUUGUAAGUUCUUUGAUGACCCUGGGGCCAGUGCUAUUGUACCUAGCUUUGUGUGUUAAAGGUUUGCUUUUUAGACUACGAAGGUGGUGGAGCACAUUUCGUACUGGACCAUGAUAAUUUUUACGUUUUUGUCGUGGUAAUAUAAUUACUGUAAAGAUUAUCUUUUUGUGAGGUUCUGUUUUUGUGAUAUUUUCGUAACUGUGAUUUUUGCAUGAAAAUUAACCCCACAAAAUAUGAAUUACAUGUAAUUGUCAUUUCGUAAAGCUUCAUGUUGAAGUUUUCCUCAUUAAUUUUGCCUCAUAAACUGACACUCUAGAGAAUGUUUGUAGUCGUUGACACUUCUAUGUGUACAAUUUAUAAAAGCAUAUUGUACACACAUCACCAAAUAAAUUAUCAGUUUCUUCAUUUAACAUUUGACAAAUGACAUAACAUAAAAUGUUUCCGUGAUGAAAACCAUUGUUAUUUCCUUAAAAGUUUAACUAUCUUGAAAUAAUUUUCAAACAAAACCUGGUUAUUAUUUAGAGGCUGAUAUCAUUCAUCAGUAGUAGGAAAAGGCUACAUGUAUUGAUUUAGUUUUUAUGAAUCAUUAAUUUUCCCAAAACGUUGACAUCAAAUGUUUUUGUCCACCUUAUUUUCAUUUCGUGCAAGUGAUCUUUUGAUGAGCAUCUUUUGCAGGGUUCUCCUAAGGACAGGAAGAGAAAAAAACAGUCAGAUCAGAAUUUGCUGAAGACACAGAGAAGAUUAUCUGAAUGACCUUUGUAUAGUCACCAUAUGUAAAUCUGAACAUAGCACUGAUGUUUAUAAAAAAUCAACCAGCUUUAUAAGUGUGUUACUAUACACUGACAUGCUUUAUAAGUGUGUCACUAUACACUGACAUGCUUUAUAAGUGUGUCACUAUAUGCUGACAAGCUAUAUAAGUGUGUCACUAUACACUGACAUGCUUUAUAAGUGUGUCACUAUACACUGACACGCUUUAUAAGUGUGUCACUAUACACUGACAAGCUUUAUAAGUGUGUCACUAUACAGUGACAUGCUUUAUAAGUGUGUCACUAUACACUGACAAGCUUUAUAAGAGUGUCACUAUACACUCACAAGCUAUAUAAGUGUGUCACUAUACACUGACAUGCUAUAUAAGUGUGUCACUAUACACUGACAAGCUUUAUAAGCGUGUCACUAUACACUGACAUGCUUUAUAAGUGUCUCACUAUACACUGACAAGCUUUAUAAGUGUGUCACUAUACAGUGACAUGCUUUAUAAGUGUGUCACUAUACACUGACACGCUUUAUAAGUGUGUCACUAUACACUGACAAGCUUUAUAAGCGUGUCACUAUACACUGACAUGCUUUAUAAGUGUUUCACUAUACACUGACAAGCUAUAUAAGUGUGUCACUAUACACUGACAUGCUAUAUAAGUGUGUCACUAUACACUGACAUGCUAUAUAACUGUGUCACUAUACACUGACAUGCUUUAUAAGUGUCUCACUAUACACUGACAAGCUUUAUAAGUGUGUCACUAUACACUGACAAGCUUUAUAAGCGUGUCACUAUACACUGACAUGCUUUAUAAGUGUCUCACUAUACACUGACAAGCUUUAUAAGUGUGUCACUAUACACUGACAAACUAUAUAAGUGUGUCACUAUACACUGACAAGCUGUAUAAGUGUGUCACUAUUCACUGACAAGCUAUAUAAGUGUGUCACUAUACACUGACAAGCUAUUUAUGAUUGUCAAUAUAUACUGACAAGUUAUAUAAAUGAUGUCACUUUAUACAGAGCUGUGUUCUAUUUUGUGCUAUUAUUAUGUUGCUUAAAAGGAUAUGAAUGGUGUACACAGAAUGCAAUCGAUUAACUAAGUAAUGUGAACAAACUUUCCUUUCUUUAAGUUGGUUACUUACCUAUCAAACAACCAUGGCAAUAUAUUUUGAUCACAAAACCCUUCACUUCAAAUGUACGAAAUCAUUUUGCAAUUCCUGUUAAAUGUCCAGGAUGUGAUUAUCUCCCUUGGAAUCGUAUGAUGCUUCCUAUUUACAACUGUAGGUAAAUGGCAAGAUCUUAAUGAAUGUGAGCUUUUAUUAUUUUUAAAGUUCAUGAUUGCUUAAAAUUUGGUUGAAAGGUUAUGGUUGAUCUCUGUUUGUAUGUGUUAUUUUUAAACCGCUCUCGGCAGGAGCCGGGCGGCUUAUUGAUAUUUUUCUGAUUUUUUUUGUCAUAACUUUUCAAUGAAUACUUUGUUGAACACUUUUCUCUGUACAAUAUGAAGUGUUACUUGACUGUUAUGCUGGUUCAUCAUAGUUUGUAGAUAAGUGAGAUAAUCCUAUUCAUAUUUUUACAAUGCAUUACAAGGGUUGAAUGUUUUGAUGGGACUUUAGAAGAACCUUGUGAAGUCUUUUUACAGGUUUGACCUGCCAAAAUUGUACAUAACCUAUGAUUUAGCUUGUUAUAUGCAAAGCAUUAUUUAUGUGAAUAUGUUGAGAUUUUUACCUGCUCUGCUAGAAACAUAUGUACAGUGUAUAGAAAUAAUCAUAAAAAGGUCAUAAAUGAGUUUUGCAUAAGAUAUACCAGUGUUAAUGAUACAGACCUUUGUUCUAAUUACAUAUCGAGAUGAUUUCACUCUAUUUUCUAUGUAUAGAUGUUUGUAAAUCUUACUAGGUUGUAAACCUUUUUUUAUUAAUUUUUGCCCUGAGAGCUUACUGAUGUGCUGAUUAUUUUAAUUGUGAUAGCUUUAACAUCAUUGAAUCUCAUGCAUCAUUGCAUGUAAGGUAACAUGUACCAGCAACCUGAACUAUCUUAUUACCAUUGUCACUGUUGUGAAAAAUUGUUUCAAGUCCAAUUUGAAAAAGAGUAUUCCGUAAAAAUCACAGGUUGCAAAACAUUUCACAGAAUUAUGGUUGUACAUAAUUUGAAUGUUUGAGAGCGGAAAUAAAAAGGAAACAAAUAGAAACUGUAAGGGUUAACUCUAAACCUUUAAAAUGAAAAACCCUGGGCAUAACCAAUGCUGUCGCCCAGGAAUUAUAAAUGUAGGUCAUCAAAAAGAGUAAAGCCAAAACAAUUUCUUUUGGCUGCUUCAUCUUCCAUAUAAAAGGGAGAAUACUCCACGUAAAAAAUAAUUUAGUUGAACUCUUGGCAAUAAUACCUGUUGCAGUGGUACUCUUUACCUUAAAUGGACUUGUUCUGUAACUUAUACAAUCUAGGACUGAGUAAGUGACUCAUCUUUUGAAUGAGAGUGUGGAUAGGUGCUAAUAUUGUUGUAUAUUUAUUAUUUUUAUUUUGCACUGUUGUGGGUCCAUUUACUAUGCGAUCAUUUGAUCUCAAAUCUAACUCCCCAACACAGGAUAAAAUUUGAAAAUAAGUUUGUAUCAACUUAAGCUAAUAAGUUAAACUUAAUGGUCUCACUAGCAUCCUAGUCAAUAUUGUCAUCUUGUGUAUCUAAAAUAAAAAUAAAACAAACCUGGAAAUCUAAAAUACAUUCAUCCAUGUAAUACUUUUUUGGUGUAGGGAAUAAUUGUAUAUCAGUUAAAAAUAGUCUAUAUACACAAUCUAUAUACACAACAAAGCAAAGAUUCUGCUUGUUCAAUUAAACUAGUGAUAUGAUUAAAGUUUAAUAACAAAGUUUAUUUUGUUCCAAUCAUCUUACCAUCAUUAAACGCAUAAUUGAUCUUAAAUUUGGAAUAUCAAGCAUUAAUAACAGCAAUGAAAGCAUCGCGCUUGCUAUAUAUAUUGCACAUGAUUCAUUUUAAAGGUCACAAAUAAUCACUUCUUUUGCCUGAUAUUUUUAAUUAUUUGCUCAAAAUUCCAUUAUAUUUUGUUAUGCUCCCUUUAUAUCACCUUUAUACAUAUGAACACCUUUUAUAAUCACUUUAGCACGAGGGAUGGGCUCUGUUUUUCUUCAAGUUUAUAAUCCUUUCACAAAUAUGCUUAUUCCACCAUAAACCAUAUGAAGAUAAUUAAAAUCUUUUAUCAGGAUGAUGAAAUGCUACAUCAUAAUAAAAAAUAAAUGUUUCAAUAACAAGUAUUUAUAGCUUUAAUAUCUAGCAUGUGAUUUUUCAUUAUACUUGAAUAAUUUUCCCCCAUGACACAUUUUUUUUGUUAUAGUUUCCUUAUCACGAAACACAUUCCAGUAGUUUCAGACUCUGUGUCCUAAUAUGGUCAUACCUUAUCACCAGUAAUUACUUGUGAUGACUCCGUGUCCUAAUACAGUCAUACCUUAUCACCAGUAACUACUUGUGAUAACUCUGUGUCCCAAUACGGUCAUACCUUAUCACCAGUCACUACUUGUGAUGACUUUGUGUCCUAAUACGGUCAUACCUUAUCACCAGUAACUACUUGUGAUGACUCCGUGUCCUAAUAGUCAUACCUUAUCACCAGUCACUACUUGUGAUAACUCUGUGUCCUAAUACGGUCAUACCUUAUCACCAGUAACUACUUGUAUUUUCAUCACUAACUGAAUCUCAGGACAUGAUUUUGUUGUCAUGCUUUUGAUGACAUUCUGUUUAAAAAAAAAAUGGAAAUUUAAAUAUCUGUGUUAUGCUUUUGGUGGUGUAAUAGAAGUGUCUGUUGUUUUUCCUUUAUGCUGAUAUUUGCCGAUCAAUGUUGAUGUUCUGUUCCUGUGAAGCUUGUUUGUUACUAAACCAUAAUGUUUUCUUUUAUAGAAAUGGAAUAAUCUCCAUGCUCUAACAUUGUUAAUAUGAAGAAAGCAGAAAACGUGUCACCAGAGGUACAGUUUGAUAUUAUAUUGACUGGAAGUUAAUCCUGCUUAGAAAGGUCAGGCAAGCAUGAGUGGUGUAAUGGGAUUGAGAUGGAAGCAGGAAUGUGAUUUACGAGAGUGUUCGUUGUGUUACACUGUGCCUGUCUUAGUCCAUGCUAAUUACUGGUAGAGAGAGAAAUAUGUUGUCUAUUUCAGUUGACACACCAGGGUUUUACCUGUACCACCUAAGGGUUGGUUGUUACCUGUGUUACUAGCUGGUGAUGCUGAUUAGAGUUAUAAUUUAUGAAAACUUUGUAGUAACAAUGACAGUAGAUUGUUAGUAUGUGAGUCAACUGAUACAAGUCUAGCUCAUGGAGUGCUAAUGUAUGGUGUAAUGGCAAUCUAUACCAUUACCAAGGCUACACUGAAACCUAUUAUCAGCUAUCUUCCUCUUGUCUGACAAAGUUGUGGGAUAUUUUGCAAAUAAAUUGGAAAACAUUAUUUCAAGUUAUAGAACCAGGUGUUGUGUAAACAAAUAGCAUUGGUGAAGAACUUUUGAAGUUUGUUGCCGAUAUAAAGAUGAGCUGAGAUAGUUUAUUUUUUGUAUGGGAUGUUGCAUAAUGAAAAAGAAAAUUGGUCUUUCAUUGCCAUUAUUAGCCAUUGCUGUGUCUUCCAUCUUGCAUAUUAAGUAAAAGGAAUGAUGCAUAGCGUAGUUUGUAGUGAACUGUUCCUACAGGUUAGACAGUCACCUUCACACUUAUCUGUAAUCUUGUAACAAGAGUAACUUCCCUUUGAACUGUUUCCAUACAAAUGUUGUCGUUGCUGUCAAUGUUUUUUGGUCCCUAUUUGUCUUUCCAUGUUGAAAAUUAUGUAUUGAUUUUGAGAAAUAAUUAGCUAAUCAGAAAUUUUUAUUCAUCAUUCAAUUAGGUAUUGAUGAUAAUUACAGGUGUUGACCUUUGAGCUAUAUUCAGUGAACGUUGUUAUUGGCCUUGAUUAAAAUCAUUAUUAAUUGUUGAAGUUUUACAAAAUUUAAUUGAAAUGCUGUUAGUGUAUUUAUUUGGGCGCUAUUGAUAUUUUUACAGCUUCCUUUGACAAUUGUACAGAGAUACUUUUUCGUAAUACCAUUCAAUAGGAAAGUGUUGAAGGCCCUUAAAUAUCAAUGCCUUGAUAUAAAUACGCCUACCGUACCUGUUUUAUACAGGAAAAGUAGUUAACCUAUGUUAGUAUACUUGUAACUUGUUAUAGAACUGAACCAUUGUUAUAACAUAGUCAAUUGUUAUACUCUCACAUUAAAUAGUCACUGGAGUCCAAAGGAGUUCAGAAAGAAUAAUAUUCCAAAAUAUGUAGACACUCACUAUUCAUGAAUAUACUGUAUUUUUGUGUACUCAUACUCGGAUUUUUACAGGGUAGUUUCCGGUGGUAUAUCCGAGGCCAGCAUACAUAACACACACACAGGAUAAUUGAAAAUCAGCUGAGCAGGUUUUAUUUUGAACGUCAGUUUUGUAAUAUUGCUUACAAUAGCUUAAGGUAGCCAGAAUAUAGACAUCCGUGAUCUUAGUAAAAACCAUUCUACAUAUCAUUUGAUGGUUUUAUAACUACAUUCUAGUUACAGCUAAUUAAUAUAUAAUUGAUAUUUCAAUAGUAAACAUUGGAUUUAGAGCUUGUUCAAUUGCAAUAUUUGUCAUAACAAAUUUGGUUUGAAUGGAUUGUUUUACAAGAUUUUUCUGAAAGGUAUGUUUGCUACAAGAUGAGAAGAAUGUUUGCCACACAUUACAUUAAAAACAAUGCACUCAGAUUAAUGUAAUUUUGUUGUGAGCAAGCCAUGUUAGCAUAACCUUUGACCUGUGUUGUGACUUAAAGUUGACCUUUAAACUUUGUGAUAUGUACAUAUUGGAGGACUUGUAUGAUCAAGUGCCUGUUUUAAUGACCUAGUGUUAAAGAAGGCUAUGUAACAACCACUAUUGUAACCCCACUCACUAGUGUAACCGGGUACGGAAGGCUAUGUAACAACCACUAGUGUAACCAGGUACAGAAGGCUAUGUUACAACCACUAGUGUAAUCCCACUCACUAGUGUAACCGGGUACAGAAGGCUAUGUAACAACCACUAUUGUAACCCCGCUCACUAGUGUAACCGGGUACAGAAGGCUAUGUAACAACCACUAUUGUAACCCCGCUCACUAGUGUAACCGGGUACAGAAGGCUAUGUAACAACCACUAUUGUAACCCCACUCACUAGUGUAACCGGGUAUACACUAAUUGGUAGUUCUGCAAAUUACAAUGGUCAGAAUCAACAAUGCUAACCAGGUUACACCAGAUGUCCAGGUUACAGCAGUGGUUGUAACAAGGCUAGUUACGAGUGUCAGCAAAUCUCUAAAGAGACCUGAAAGUACCUGUUGUGAUAACAUUUUUAACUUGUAUAUAAAACUUAUGAUUAUACAUUCACCCAAACUGAGAACAGGGAUCACAUAACCUAGUGUAAUUCAAUAACCAUUAAACUUGAUACUUUGAUUUUUAUGUAAAACCUAAUUGUUGAGAACUGAACUACUGUGUUACACCGUGUAAUGGUUGCCUAAAGCACUAUUUCCUGCUAUGAUAAUUUCCUGGUAAUGGGUGUUGAUGAAAGACACACACUAUAACUAGCACCAUGCUUUUCAGCGAUAUUUACCCUAUUACAAAUUUUCAAAUGUAUUGUACGGGUGCUUGAGGUAUUCAUUUCUAUAAACAUUAGUGAAAUAAAUGCAACAAUCUUGUUUUAAA